UGCAAAAAGGUACCAUAUGACAUUUUGGUCAAAAAUGACAUUUUAGUAUAUUUCAUUAGGAUUUUGUAUAAUCUACAUUCUGUAAAAAUAUCUAAGCUGUAUCUUGUAAGGUUCCAAAGAUAUAGGAUUAUGUAAAAAGGUACCAAGUGAAAAAUGCAACAUUUGUUUGUGCAAAAAGGUACCAUAUGACACAUGGUACCUUGUUGCACCAAGGGUGUGUGGAAAAUUUAAAUAAAUAUCAGUGCAAAAAGGAACCAUAUGACACAUGGUACCUUUUUGCAGACAUGAAAUGAAUGUGUCCACAUUUUUUUUUAUAUCAAUAUGUUUAGUUGGUACCUUUUAGCACAACUAUGAAUACACUAUCCAGACCCAGGUAACAAUCAAUUGGUUUAUGUUGUUCCUUUUGCCUCAGCAAUGAAUACACAUUCCAGACACUGAUAACACUAUCAAACUAUCCUGUUACCCUAAGUUGUCUUGUUAUUAGCAGAUGAUAAUUAUGAGGGUGAAGUGUUUGCACCUUCAUUUGGUGAUUAUUAAAGUGAAGAGAGCAGACAAAUACUGAGAUUUUAUACAUAUGACUUUGUACACGUUAUUCAUAGAAGGAGAUGGAAAAUAAUAAAUAUAUAGAAGUCGAGGUUUGGUCCGAUGAAGAAGUUUAUCAUACAUUUACACAAGAGGAACUUUUUGGACCUGUGAUAGCAACGCAAACAAAAGACAAUGAUUCCGACACUACAGAUUCGGAAGAUAUUCCAUUAGCUGAUCUUGGUAGAAAAAAGAAGCAACCAGUUAAAAGGAAACUUAUCCAAAGUGAUAGCGAAUCAGAUCAUGAUGAUAGUGCUGAUGAUGAAAAUUAUGAUCCUAACAAAGAUGAGAUCAAUUCAACUGAUUCAGAAUUCAAUGUUAAGAAGGUGAAGACAAAAGAAAAGAGACGUGUGCUAAUGAACAAGCAAAGAGAAACUGCAUGGAAAAAGAAAACCAAGAAAUUGAAAAUUCGAAAGAAAAAUAAUAAAAGGAGAAUAAGUCAAAGUGUACUUGCCAAGAAAUUGAGAGAUAAAAUAAUAUUGUUGCAAAACAGACGAAAGGUAGCCAGUGUAGCGGUUAAUAGAGCACAGAAAAUCAGCCAACAUAAUUGCACAAUCCAGGCUAUGAUCAGAAAAACCCAUACAGGACGACUUGACACACUUCUUGCUUGUAAUGAGCUGCGCAGGGUCAGUAUUAAUGGAGAUGGAAACUGUUUUUUCACGUCAUUGAAAACAAGUGGAAAAAUUGCUGAAAGUGCGUCUGAAAUCAGAUCAAAUGUCUGUGACUUCAUGACAACAAACGCAGACAGAUAUAUAUCUUUCUGUACUAGAAAGGAUAUGUUUAGUAAGGUGGAAUUUCUCAAUGAACUUGAACUGUUGAAAACAAGAGGACAAUGGAAUUUAGACAUAGCAGACAUUGUUCCUUUGGCCACAGCAAACUUUUACGGAAGUGUUGUUCGAAUAUAUUCAAGUUCAAUAUCAACACCAGUGAUUGACAUAAAACCUGAACAAACAACAGAGAAAGUAAUCAAUCUAGCUUACAUAGCAGUUCGAGGACAGGAGCACUAUGAUGCCAUUGAUAUAAUUUCAAAUGACAGUGAUGCUAAACGUGACACAGAUCCUACAUGGGAGGUUGCAAGGGAAUCUCUUCCUUCCACACCAAAUGAUGAAUCAUGCCAUGCAAAUAUGCCUGUCGAAACAACCCCACACAAACGUGCUUCAUACAGAAGUCCUCCUAAGAAGCAUUCAAGUCGAAAGAAAACACGGAACCCAGAAAAGUGGAAGCGGAAUGUUAGAAAAUUAUUGAAAAGUGAAGGGAAGGAAUAUGUUUCUGCAACUGGGAGAGUUGUUGCCCCGAAAAAGGUCCACCAUCAUAGUUGCCUCAAAUGUCGUUUCAAGUGUAGCGAGAAAUUUACUGAAGAGCAGCGGGAAGACAUAUUUCAAUUGUACUAUUCUUUGGGAAGUUAUGAGCGCCAAAGACAGUAUAUCUGUGACAUGGUACAAAAAAGCGCAACAAAAAGGAAAGUUACAGGCAAGAGAUCUAUAGCGCAGAAGUAUUUCAUGAUACAUAAUGACCGGAAAGAACGCGUUUGUAGAAACUUCUUUAUGAAAACAUUGGACAUCAACAGGAAAACAAUUGAUUACACUCUUAAAAAGAAGAAACAUGGGGCAUUUGUUGCGACUGAUAUGAGAGGAAAAGAUCCAUCUGUAAACAAAUUAGAUUCAUGUACAGUUGAAAUUGUAAAAAAACACAUUGAAUCAUUUCCAAAAAUGGAAUCUCACUACACACGAAAAUCUUCAAAGAAACAAUACCUAGCACAUGACUUAAACAUUAAACAAAUGUGGAAAUUAUAUGUCAAAGAUUGUGAAAAGAAAGGAAUAACCAGUGUGAAGCAAUCAAUGUAUAGAAAGAUUUUUUGUGAAAAUUACAAUUUAUCUUUUUUCAAACCUAAAAAGGACCAGUGCUCCUUCUGUACUUUAUAUGACAGAAGAAAGGCAGCAGGCACAGUAAAUGAAACACUGCAAAAAGAAUAUGAUGAACAUCAAGUACAAAAGGAAAGAGCGCGUGAAGAAAAAACAAAGGAUAAAGAAAGAGCUAAGACAGACAAGAGUGUGUAUGUAGCAACAUUCGAUCUGCAGGCAGUUCUUACAACACCAUGUUCUUUAGUGAGUGAACUCUACUAUUCAAGGAAACUAUGCUGCUUUAACCUCACUAUAUAUUCCUUAGGAGACAAGCAAGCUGUCUGUCAUGUAUGGGAUGAAACCCAAUGUAAACGGGGAGCAUGUGAAAUCGCCACAUGCUUAUUAAAGAACACAUUAUCUGUCUGCCAUAGAAGCAAUGUCAAUGAAAUAAUAUAUUUUUCUGAUACAUGUGGAGGUCAAAAUCGGAAUCAGUAUGUAACUGCGUCACUGUUGUAUACCAUAUCGCAAGUACCAAACCUGAAAGCCAUUAGCCACAAAUUUCUACUUUCAGGUCAUUCCCAAAUGGAAUGCGAUUCAGUCCAUUCAACCAUUGAACGUGCCAAAAAAGUAACGCCAGUGUAUGUUCCAUCCCAAUGGUGCACUUUAAUUUCUCUGGCAAGAAAAUCACAGCCAUAUGUAACUAUACCAAUGAAAUACAAUCAUGUAAUGGACUUCAAAGACUUUGUAAAGAAACAUUGUACAAACCUAAAAACAUCAGUCACUUGACAAAGAAUAAACUGGCUUAAGGUAAAGUGGAUACAAGUGCGAAGGGACAAUCAAAGAUCAGUAUUUGUGAACUACAGCUUUGACGUCAACCAAUUUCAGGAAAUUCAAGUACAGAAAACAACAAGAAAACAGAAAUGUGUUCAUAACACAUGGCCAACUUGUGAGUCAGAUUUAAAGCGUUGUUACGACACAAAACUGCCAAUAUCGAUUCAAAAGAAAAAUGACCUUGUUAAUUUAUGCUCAAAAGAAAUCAUUCCUGAGGAGUUUCAUUCUUAUUACGAGUCCUUACCGACGAGCAGUAAGGAAAAGGAUUUUGUUCCUAUGGAGUCAGAUGAGGAAGAUACUGAUAUCGAGUGAAGAAUGUUGACAUUGUGGAUAUUACGGGUGCUGUACAUUUAUGUCAAAAACUGAAAUUUGCAAGAUUCACUUUCAAAAAUACUAUUGUUUUUUAAUCUCAACAAUACUUUUAAUUGUUUAACUUUACAGAUGUGUCACAUCUUUAUAGAUGUUUAUACUUCACUCUUGUUAAUAAAGUGUAAUCAUCAUA